AUGCCCGCUUCGCGACCGCAGCGACUGCGACAGGCCGACCCGGCCGCAGUUGCGGACCGUGCAAGAUCCCGCGGCUGGAAAGCUGACAAACAUGUCGAGAAUGACAAGCUAAGGGACCUGAACCAAUUCGAUGACAAGGCCAAAGAGAAGCAUGACCGGGUGCUGAACAAAUAUGCUAUUAACUUUCCCAAGACUUACGAUUUGCUACUUCAAGAAGGAACGCCAAUGCCACCUAUCCAUGAGCUCAAAGAUUUCUGGAGAUUCUAUAAAGAUCAAUCUGUUGAAAGACUCCGCGCACACCCUACAUCGCUCACUCUUAAAGCGCGAGCAAGGGAUUUCAAAGGCGGUUACAUGCGUAUUACCGGUAGUCUUCUCAACAACGAGGAUACCAAGGAAAUUAAUCGUUGGAUCAAAUAUGUUCUCCCUGGAGAGCAAGAUGGCGGCGUUAAAGACAUCAUGAUGCCAAAGUACAACUACAAACCUGUGGACUUGGAUCGCCAUCUUGACGCGCUAUAUACAAGAAGUACAAGGCAAGUCACUGACGCCACGCAUCGAAACGCUUCGGGGAACAUUGCUAACCAAAGCCAACAGGACAUCCACCUCGUCCUCAACAGAAGUGAUAAAGGCCAUCGUCACUUCAUUUUCGGUCUUGAUCAGCGAACGGUCAAGAACAACAAGGACCCGGAGAAUAACAGGUAA